GUGAGAUAAUUAAAAGUAUAAAAGUCACAUACAUCCAUUGUAAAAUCCAUCAGUUACAAAAUUGUCUUAAUCCGUUUGCCAGCUUUUACAAAUGAAGUUCUUCAUCUUCAACGCCCUCGUCUCUGUAGCCGUUGCCAAAUCGGCUUACACAGCUCCGUCUUAUGCUGCACUUGCUACCCAGGCGUAUUCGGCCCCAGCUUACUCGGCACCAAUGUAUUCAUCACCCUCUUACGAAACCCACUAUGUCGCUCAACCCUACAACUUUGACUGGGCUGUUAAGGAGGCUGGAUACUAUAAUGAUAACCUCGACUAUUCUCAUUCCGAGAGCAGUGACGGUAAAGUAACCACCGGAACGUACCAUGUUGUUCUACCCGAUGGCCGCACCCAGAUUGUCACCUACAGAGCUGACAGCUAUGGAUACGUUGCUAAUGUCAAGUACGAAGGUGAAGCCAAGUACCCAGAAUACAAACCUGCCUCAUAUGCCACACCCUCUUACUCUGCCCCCCGUGCCAACGUAUAUUCUUCCCCUGUCUACAAUGCUCCUACCAUGGCUGCACCAGUCUAUUCUGCUCCUGCCCAGAAGGUUUCCGAGUACUAACAGUGAAAUUUAUUUGAAAGAAAAUUAUAUUUAUUGGUGUAAUUACUAUGCAUUAUGUGCAAGUAAUCGAAAAAAAAAAAAAUAUGAAUUCG